GCUUCGCAUUUUGCAAGUUGCUCCUGACGCGGUCCCAUGCUACCCAGACUAUUUCGACAACACGCGCGUCGAAAGGUUCCUAGAAAUAUAUAUCGUGCCUACUCUACCAAACCGGGCUAUGAUCAAUCAGAUGAAAGCACUAGCCUGCCCCCAUUGCCUUUAUGGCGCCAAUACUUCCCCGCCACGUCGAGGGCGUUCCAAUUCCGCGUCUGCCUCGCCAAUCCCAAGACUGCUGCUCACUUGGCCGAAGCGUUCGUGCCCGCCCACUCUCGAGACAAGAUCAUCAUCGAAGCAUUCCCUGGACCGGGAACUUUGACGCGCGCCCUUCUCGCUCUUCCUCGGGCAAGGAUCAAGAGGAUUAUCGUGUUGGAAAAUGCGGACAUGUAUCUCAAAUAUCUGCAACCUCUCGAGGAAGUGGAUGAUCGAAUCAAGGUGUACCCACUAUCCGGAGAACUCUGGUCAUCGUAUUCUGCGAUUGAAGAGAUGGGGGUACUCCAAGACGUCCCGAUUGUUCCAUGGGAUCAAGGAGUUCAUCCCCAGCUGCAAUUUGUCUCGCAUCUGACCUCAAACGUCGCGGGAGAGCAGCUCAUCUCCCAGCUUCUCCGCAACAUACCAGAAAAGCACUGGCUGUUCCGGUACGGGCGCGUGCCAAUGAGCCUUCUUAUGAACGAAUACAUCUGGAACCGGAUGCUAGGAACUAAGGCAAGCAUACGCUGCAAACUGAGCAUGAUUGCAGCAGCCACAUCGCUCAGCUCAAUGGCCGUCAAAGCCGACAUCCUGAAGCCGUACGGAGAUCACUUCCAUCCUACAAACCGAGCCUCGUCGGUCCUGAAGAAGGACACGAAAGCGAACCUCAUGCGGCCCGGCAGUCCCUUCGUCGGCAUCAACAUCGUCCCCAACGAAGAGCAGGUUCGUGCGCUGGUGAAUGCCGAGCUGGGUGAUGUUGAGAGCAGCGUUAGGUCAUCAAGCCGGGUCUGAUGAAUGCGUGGGACUAUUGUUUGCGGCACUUGUAUGUCCAGCGGGCGACGCCAUUGGAAAAAGCGAUAGGAUAUCUCGCGCCCGGAGCCAAGUCCCUCUAAAAUCAAUAACCUCUCCCGACUUGAGCGUGCGCGUGGAUCCAAAAACGGCUGUGCGGGAUUUGACUGUGCAGGAAUGGGAGGUGCUUGUAAAUGCCUUCAAUCAAUGGCCGUUUGCACCUGAAGAUCUUUCAGUUACAGAUGCACUCGGACUCGACGAAGAGAGGGGAGGAUAGACGUAAUCAGAUCUGUUUUAUUCAUCGGUCAAUUCUUCGCGCACAUGCAUCACAUCGCGGACGUACUGGUUCCACCUGUGUUUCUAGCGGUUGCGUUUCUUCCCACUCUUCUGGCAACUCCGUCUGGCUGUCGACCGUCGUGACAUCUGACAUUGUGAUGUCGCUUUCGGUCACCUGGCUGGACACUGGUAAUCGGCUCUUUUUCGCAGAACUUCCCAUCAUGCUGAACAGCGUCGCCUGUUUGGGUCCAUCUUUCUUGUCUUUCGGCGGCCCUGGAAACAUCUCAAUGAUCGAUCCUCUGAAUGGAUAGCAAACUCACGCUUUGUCCGCGGUGCAUCUUCCGCGGCAUCUACUUUCUCAAAGAAGCUCUCGCUCUUGCGUAUCGUCUUGGCGGCUUCGCCCUUUCGCGCAAACGGAUUCCGGCCAUCCUCUUGCCCCGAUUUUCGGGCGAAUGGAUUCGUUUCUGCUCAAACAGGUCAGCGGAAUACCAGCACAAUUGUCGUAACAACGCACUCUGUUUGGGAGGCGGAGCGAUGAAAUCGGUGGAAGCGGAGCUCUCCUCCUCAUUCUCAUCUCUCUUGCGCUUGGUUUCGGGUGGCGGAAUGGCGGGAGGCGGCAUCCGCGGCUCUGAGCUUGACGGGUAGCGUGUCGUUUCGACCGCCACUGUAGCCGGUGCCAGCCCGGGUCGAGGUACAGUCGGAGGCGGCCCAAAGUCUUGGAACGCCUUAGGCCGCGGGGGAUCGCUCUCUGCUUUUGGGGCGAGAUAGUAGGGCACCGGGUCAGGCCGCGUCCACUGUCUGCGUUUCUCCCGAGCGAGAACGAGGCGAUCUUCACUCUGCUCGCGGGCGGUCUUGAGCACACGGACUUUCUCUAUCAUAGCUGUGAAGCGGUAGAACUCAGCCACCUUGAUCACCAUGUCGAGGAAACGAGGGUUUUGAAUCAACUUGGCUAGUUCGAUCGCCCGAGGGACCUGAUUGAGCUUGCAGGCAUUUUGGAUCAGCAGCACCAGCUGUUUGUCCAUGGCCUGCUCCCUCUUGGUGAUAUCCUCGCUCGUCAAUUCUUCGUCCAACGCGUCUCUCUUCAGCUCGAUCAUGAGCGCGUCCAUUUCCAAUCGCUCGUCGGCCGGGUCCUGGCUUCUGAAGGGCAUCUGCAUUGGUAUAUCCUGGAACGGUGGCAGAGGAUACCCAAGCGUUUUUGACCCCUAGACUGAAAUCAGAUGGUUCCAGACGGAGCCAAGAGAGAGCGUACACCGAGAAGGAAACACAUGAAUGUCGUGCCGUAGACAGCAAUCGGCCAAUAUGUGCCCUUGAAUUCAGUGCUCGCGAUCUUCGUGUCCAUCACCCUGACCCAGGAUGCAUGAUGAGGUAUUCGGUGCUUCAUCAGCACAUGGAGCCGCCCCGUCGUAUCGAACAUGGAAGGCGCCUGGCAAAAAACUUGAGCUCGAUUAUCAGAACGAGUCAAAUUGACGCACCCCUUCCUCGCUCACGCCAACCCAGGUUAAUUGGUGCCCUUUCGGAAUCGGAAGAAAGUCGCGCUGGCGCACACUGAAAUCCUCAAAGUUGAACAGCGAGUAAGACAGAUUCUGAGAACCUGUAUCCAAGCAUCAGCUCGACUGCAGCCCUCUCGAUCCGAAGACAGACCAUCGAUAGUCGUCGAGCCAGCUCGAUGCACAACAAACACCCAUUCGUCACCCGCGACCAUGGCCACAAAGUCACCACCCAGUCCAAGUACACGCCUUUCCCGGCCAGUGCCGCUCAAAAACGUCAGGUCGCCCUCAGACGUGGCGACAACGACAUUGCCAAAGCCAUUCAGGUCCGUCUCAUCCAUAUCAUCUGAUCCGGUCGUGGGCGGGACGCCUCCAGCCGCGAUGCCGAGAACCCUGGUCUGAGGACGGAGGCUGUAUGUCCAUUGAAUUUGGGUGCUUGGAUGGAACGGCCGGUAAUGGACUUGUGCGGGACUGCUUUCUGACUCUGAACAACCCAAUAGAG